CCGAAAACGCCGUUUUGGCCGCUCUCAGCUUCAUCUCUGGUCAUAGGAUACGCCGGCGUGGCCGCUAGAAAGGUUUUUUUCGUUGGAAAUUGCUGUCAGUUACGACAGUUAUACAAGCAAAUUAGAUAUAACUUUGAACAACUCGUUCGUUAUAUUUUGUAUAAUAUUCAUUACGAACUAUGGCAUCAAAAGUAAACUUCAGAAUAACUCUCACUUCUGACCCCAAUCUGCCAUAUAAAGUACUCAGUGUACCAGAGAAUACUCCAUUUACUGCUGUGUUAAAGUUUGCUGCUGAAGAAUUUAAAGUACCACCAUCUACAUCUGCUAUAAUUACAGAUGAUGGUAUAGGGAUAAAUCCGCAACAAACUGCAGGAAAUGUAUUUCUUAAAUAUGGUGCAGAACUCAGAUUGAUUCCCAGAGAUCGUGUUGGAAAUGCCAGAUAAUUUGUAUAACUUAUUGCAUUUAUAUUAGAUAUAUUCUUUUGCACAGCGUAAAUAUAUUUCGAAAAGAAAAAGUUAUUUUCGUUAAAAUGUUACAAACAUGUGCAUAUAUAUAUAUAUAUAUGUGUAUAUAUAUAUAUAUAUAGAUCAAUUAAAAAUUUUUAAAUUACAUUAAAUCGUAUUUAUAUUUACAAUUCUUUUAUGAACAUUCCAUAUGCUUACUCAGUUAAUAUUUAUAUAUCGUUGAUGAGAUUUAUAUGAUUUAAUGCAAUUAUAUAAGUGUAAAAAUUUUGAUGAAUUUAUUAUAAGGAAUGGAUAUAUAUAUUAAAAUAGACAAUUAAAAUGUUUAAUAAAAAAUUUUUAUAGCUGAAAUACAUGAAAGUUAUAAUUGAUACAAAGGUACAUUGUUAUAUGAUGAAAUAAUUCAGAUAGUCAUUUAUAUCUUUCAGAGAGAUUCAGAGUGGAAUUACGACAGAAAUGUAACAAUCUCAUACAUUCAAAUAUAAACCUGUAAACCUUUUUGCUGUAAAAGAUUGCAUAAUUUCCGUAAUUAUGUACUUAUAAUUUGUUAUAAAAUCUGGAUUAUAAUUAUAUAUAACACGCUAGACGAAUUCAAUGAAAAUAUAAUUACUUUAAAAUAUAUAUGUCAUAUUCCUUCCUUAUUUUGUAAUGCAAAAACCAAUAACAUUAUUGGCAAUAUGAAUGGCAGCGACAAGUUUCAGUAAAAUUUUAUCUUAUUCCCUAUUGUUGACAUGUAUAAAAGAUUUAUCAAUACUUUCUAGUGCAGAGGAGAGGAUGUUGUAAAAAUUGAAAAUAUUUGCAGAUUACAAAACAACACAAUUGUGUAUUAAUUAUCUAGAAAAACAAUUUUAGAUGAUUCAGAUAUUUUCCCCGUUGCAUCUGUGUUAGAUUCUUUUUGGCACUAUACUGGUCUUCGAAUAUAGCGACGUGCCGAUAUGAGUUAUGAUAACAGAGUCAAUUACCAAUAUUAAAUUUUUCACAAAGAGACAUGAUUUUGACAAUCAUUGAUUAUAAAAUCGUUUCUGAAGGGCAUAGUACCAUUAUAAUCGUUCUUUUAUACGACUAAUGCAUAUACGUAGUAUAUAUGAGAGAUAAAAAAUUCAUUCAUCCAAAAAAAGAUCACCAGAUAUAUUAAUCACGUUCGCAAUACUCUGAUAAAAAAAGUACAAAAGAUCAGUCAUUUGUUCCGAGUUAAUAUCGGUUUGAAUCUUGCAGAGUACUCAGCGCAUAUGUAUAUAUCGAUUAGACGUAAUAUAUUUGCCAUACAAUUAAACUAUUGACUUAAUACGACUUAAUACUCAUUACAUGUAAUAUUUAUCCUGUAUAAUCUUUCAUAUGUGCGUAUGAGGAUACGAAAUGUCGUAAAAAACUUCUGCUUCACAAUUCUGCGACGAGAGACCAUCAUCUGCUCUAAUAUCACACAUACGAUGAUAGAUUAUAUUACGACAUAUACAUUGAGACCAUUAUUGACACCUGGCAUUAUGAAAAUGAGAAUAAAUCUGGCACUAGUGUGAUAGUACACCUUACAAACGCAGUAUGGAAUGUCGAUUUUAUCCAGGAAUAAUUAUACAUUAAAGAUCUAACAACACUGACGUAAUACUGGAUUAAAUAUUGAUUAACAUUUUUGCUAACAACAGAUUGAACAUUACCUUUGUCAUUUCACACAAAUGGCACAUUCUCUGAAUUUGUUUUUUCACGUUUACACAGAAAUUCGUUCAUUUUAAAAUAUAUCCAGUUGAGAUAAUUAAACGAAAAACUCGUCAAUAAUUGUCUCUGAAACGUUUGAUAUCGUUCACACUCGGUAUUUGAAAAUUACUAGCAUAUCUAUUAUAAGAAGUUAUUCAUCCACUGAAAUUCCAAACUGAUAUUCAUUAAAUAGAUAGAUGUGAAACUAUUGUCAAAUUGUAUAAGUUUUUUAAUUCUUUUGACAAUAAUUUAAGCAUGUCCUAUAUCUAAUAUAAUUUCUACAAGUGUUAUAUAUGUAUAUAAUACUAUAAAAUUAUUGGUAGCUAGAAAUGUAUGAAAAAGCAGCAGAUAAGAAAAACGAUUCAAGACUAGAGCUAUAAUCACGCAUAUACUUCGUAAGAACAGUGUUCUAUCAAAUAUUGCAUCGAAUAUAUCACCAUGGUAAAAAAUCUCUUGCUAUUUCACUCCGCAUUUUCAUGUUCACUUUAAAUUAAUGAGAUUUAACAAGGCCUGGAUUCUUAUCUCUAUGUAUGAACAAGUGGUAUACAAAAUCUUGAGCUAAAUUUAUAAAAGAAUUAUUACAACUUUUGUAAAUUGAUAUAAAACACUGUACUUAUCGUUUGUCUCCUCCAAAAGAAAAUUAUUGGAAGUAUAUUUUUCUCAGCUAAAAUUACUCCUCAUUCUGUACACAGUAACACUGCGAUGUUUUUGCCAUUCGAUAUAGAAUUUUAACUUAUGAAUAAAUUACGGCUCAAACAACCAUA